AUGCUUUGUUCUUAUCGUCGCCCCGCGUGUCUGCGAAGGUACGUCUCGAAGUCUCUGCGAGAAGGGGAAAACUUCCGGCAGGCGAACCUCCCCCGCAGAAUACCCGACGACAAGCAGCCAACCAGGUACCGAUUGGCGCGCCCCGGAGAAAAGUUGCCGCACGGCGAAGAGCCUCCGUUGUACGACGUGUGGGACUCGAGCUACAAGGCGAUGGACGAGUUCGGCAUUGGCGUCGGGUUGUACUACAGGCAGCUGCUGCUCUUUGCCAUUGUCAUCAUGUGUUGCGCCAUCGUUUACAUCCCCACCAUGGCGCACAACGCGAGCUUCAACGACAGCACAACGCCCCCCAUCCUGAUCGGGACCGCUCACAAUGCGGAAAGGGACAACUUGUCCUUGAACCGGAAUGGUGUCCCCGACCUGAUCGUGACCCUCAUGCUGGUGUUGUUCGCCAUGGCGUUGCAAAAGGCGGAGAGAGUGGCGGUGGAGAACAUCGACACCGCGCAGCAGACGCCCCAGGAUUAUUCGGUAUGCAUCCACAGUCCGCCGAGAGCCCCCGGCCUGUCGGACCCCGACACCUACUACCAAAAAUUUCGAGUCCACGGGGAGAUCGUGUUCAUCACCAUCUGCGUAAAGAACGGCACUGUCUUGAAGACGGUCGCCAAGAAACGCGUGUUGGAGCACAAGAUUAACGCGCUGAACGCCCAGGCGGAGCUCGCCGAGAGGGAAGAAAACGUGGCCGGCGUGAGAAUGGCGAACCGGACCACGGCCGACCUCAAGGCGUGGCAGGCGUGGCUGCAGGGCAAGCUGGGGCUGUUCCCCACGAAGGACUACCUAGAGGGUGCCCUGAAAGAGACGAAGGAGAGGCUGAAGGGCCUGACCCACCGGAGCUACGAACCGAAGCGGGUCUACAUCACCUACCAGACCGAACAGGCGCAGAGGAAGUGCCUGAAGGCCGUGGAGACAGGUCUGUGGGAGGAGUACGUGGCCAAGCUGACGGGGAAAGAAGUUAACCAGGAGGCCGUCAUUGGCGGUUCUGUGUGCCGGAUAGACGAGGCCGAAGAGCCGUCGGACGUGCUGUGGGAAAACAUUGAUGCCCCCAUUGCGCAAAGGGCGGCGACCUUCGCCCUGUCCGGGUUCCUCUCGGGCGCUUUCUUGGCGGGGAGCUUUUUCAUCCUCAGGGCCAUAUUCGAGGCUGGCUUCAUCGCCGCCAUGUUCGUCGCUCUCGUCAAUGCCCUGCUCCCACUCGUCAUCAGGGUCCUCACACUCGCCAUAGAGCAACACAAGAGCCUAACACAGAUGCAGGCGUCCAUGAUGUUCAAGCUCGUCACCGCCCGCGCCAUCAACUCGGCCUUCUUGUUGUUCAUCAUUACCUCGGACGAUGAGCAGCUGGAACCCGAAACGCUAACCAAGAUCCUCUCGAUUCUGAUUGCGGACGCCUUCACCGGGCCCCUCCUGAGGCUGGCCAACCUGCCGGACCUGUUCGGUCGGAAGGUCAUCGCCCCGAAGGCCAAGACGCAGGCAGAAAUGAACGUAUUCUUCCAGGGGGCUCCGUGGAAUCUGGCGGAGAGAUACACGGACAUGAUCAAGACGGUUUUCGUCGGCCUCUUCUACUCGGCCAUCGUGCCCACGGGGCUCAUCGUGACGGCAGUGGCCAUGAUGAUGCUCUACUGGGUCGACAAGUACUCCCUGCUCAGGCUGUGGAGGAGACCGCCGGCUUACGACGCGCGGUUAUCGGGCUACAGCCGCAAGUACAUUGUCCUGUGCAUCUGGCUGCACCUUGUUAUGGCGAGGAUUUUCUUCGCAAAGUGGCCUUACAAGGCAGGCGAGGAUCUGCCGGACUGCGGCCCGUUCUUCUGCGACGAAGGCGACGCCGAAUUCACCGCCGACCAGAGCGAGAUCGUCGCCAUCUACGAGGCGAAUUCUCGGAAUCCUGGUGUUUGCCGUGGGGGGCUGCUUGGUCGCGCUGCUCUACAUCCGGCACUACGCCACCAAGCUCGUGGUGACGAGCCACAAUGCGGUGCAGCGUCCGACAUUGGGUACCGCUCCGUGAGCGGGAUCGACGCGUACAUACCCCUGAUCCGCGUGAGGGAGCUAACAGACCCGCUUAUUGGCAUGGACGUGAACGACCUGCCCAGCAACGCGCACCCGUUCCUUCCGCUACGAAUAGGAGGAUUUUACAGCGCGGAGGAGCUGAGCAUGAGCAGCGAAAAAGACUUCCCCGGCAAACCGAAGCAAGAACGAGAUGAGCUGUUCAGCAAGGUCCGGUACUACCCCGGGCCGAGGGAGAAGAUUCAACAGGCGAUCAAGAAUGGAGGUGUCCUCUACACGGCCACAAGCGUCGACCAGAUGCCGGCGGGGGCAGGCGACAUCGACGGACGCUUCGGCCUGGCAAGACAGGGGUCGUCGGCCGGCGGCGCGUUCAUGCUACCCUCCGGCCCCGUGGAGGAGUCGCCGGUGCCUCAGCGCUCCCACCACAACGACCCGCGGGUGACUGAGGCGGUGCAGAAGCCGCUGCCGUCCGGGUGGGAGGAGCGCGCCACGGCCAACGGGCGGCCCUACUACGUGUGCCACGACACAAGGACAACGCAGUGGGAACGACCAACCACCGCCGUGCCGACAUCUUUCCGACGCUUCCAAGGCAUGUCCACCAGUGGCGGAGCCAUUCCGGACAUGCACGGCGCCGUCAGGGACCUACCGCCGGGCUGGGAGGUCAGGUACUCCCCGGACGGCCGGCCCUACUACGUCGACCACAACCACCAACUCACGACGUGGGAGCACCCGAUCCCCUCGGGGAGACCGGGGGUGCAGCAUGGGUCAGCGGCCGCGGCGGGGGGAGCAAGUCCGAUCGAUCAAACAGAAGGAGGCACCACGUUCGUGGAGCAGUACACCGCUGCCGGCCUACGGUUCUUCGUCAAUCCCAAAACUAACGCCGUCAGGUGGUCCCCUCCCAAGUCACGCCGCCGUCGCGACAGCCGUACGUCCAGCGACGCCGCUGCCGCCAGAAGCGCGGGUGCCGGUGCCGGUGCCGGUGACGGCUUGGACGAGAGCCUUUCGAGCACGUCUGGGGGCGGGGGCAGCCCCGCGGGCCUCCCGCGGGGCUGGGAGAAGAGGAAUACCCCUGCGGGGCGCGAAUACUUCGUCAACCACGAACUCAGGAUCACGCAAUGGGCCCCGCCUGAGGGGGCGGCUGGUGAGCAGAAGGUACCGUACCCUGGUGGUGGUGCUGCUACUCACCGAGCGGCGUCGCCNGGGGGGGGGGGGGGGGGGGGGGGGGGGGGGGGGGGGGGGGGGGGGGGGGGGGGGGGGGGUUGGCGAGGGUGGCCUGCCGGGGUACAUCGAGGUCCGGACGCACGCGGACGGGCGGAAGUACUACGUUAACCACCUCACGAAAGUGACGUCUUGGGUGCCUCCGCCGAGGGAAGACUGGUAUUAAUAGUGGUGGUCUCGUUUCCCGGCAGAUUGACCAUCUAUCUGCAGUAAAACGCCCCAUCUCUCGUUGCAUUCAUUCCUCCAUGGGCCGAGAGCGGGAUAUAUUUCGGGGUACGAUGUUGUUGUCGUCCGCAGGACGUUUUCCCUGCUGCUGCUGCCGAGGGGGG